GGCUGGCGGUGGUGGCUGCUGCUGCUGCCCCGAGUCCUGCUGCAGGGCACGCGGCACACCUGCCUGCCUGCUCGCGCGCGGGCGCGCUCGGGGUCCGGCGCCGGGGGCCACGGGGCAGAGAGGCGGCGGCGGCGGCUCUCCAGAUGGCCGCGACGGAGCCCGACGACGGGAGGAGCGACGGGCGCAGCAGGCGCAGCGCUGCUGCCAAGUGAGCCCCAACUUGGCACGGCCAGCGGGAGGCUUCGUGGGGGCCCCUCGGCGGCUUCUCUGCCCCUCUCGCCAGCAGCAGCAUGGACCAGCAGUCUCUUGACGCUGCAGUGCAGAACACGCUCUCAGGCCUCUACCCUCCCUUUGACAUCACGGCCCCGACGGUCCUCAGCCAGCUGUUCCGCGUCCUAGAGGCCAGAUACCACGGAGAUGGGCUCUGCUGCCUCCUUGACUUCCUCAUCCCUUCCAAGCGGCUUCUGGAACACGUGCGGCAGGCAGCCUGUGCUCCUUACUUCAGCCGCGUCUUCCUCCAUGAAGGCUGGCCCCUGUGUCUCCACGAGAAGGUGGUCGUCCAUCUCGGCCCGCUCAACCCCCUCCUGCUGCGCCCGGGCGAUUUCUACCUCCAAGCCGAGCCCUGCGGGGAGCAGUCGGCCUGCCUGAUGGUGAAGUGUCUCUCCAGGGAUCUGACCACAGUGGAGAAGCUCCCUGUCCCGGAAGCCUCCUGCUCUUGGCUCUUCACCCGGGAGUGGCUGGAGGAAAUCAACCAAGACCUUGACUGGGCCAGGCUGCACACGUGCCUGGUGGCCACGGGCAACGGCAUCGUCCCUGUUCCAUGGAGUAAAAUAGCCACUCCAGAAUUUGUGAAUAGACCCCAAAUGGAAGGUUUGUUGGAGCAGGAACUGCCCGCCUGCCCAGAGGCGUCCUGCACCUCAGGUUCUCAGAGGCAGAACAGCAGCACGCUUGGGCAUCUGCACAGCACCGUGGAUGGGGGUUUGAGACCCACUCAGGGCAAGUAUCCGGGCCUUAUCAAGGUGGAGGCAGGAUCUUGGCAGAAAUCCACGUUGUUUGUGGUGCCGAGUUUGUGUGAUAUCAUCGGUGAGAACCUGGAAGGGGAAUAUGUCAACCUGCUGGAAUAUCCUGGAGAAGGGAAACUGGAUUCUUCUUCUCCAGCCAAGUCAACAGCACUGGCUGCUCAGCCGUCUGGGAAAGAGGCAUCGCCGAAGACUAAAAAAGAGCCAGUGUGGGAAAAUGGAGAGGUGGCCCCAGGAGGAAGCUGGACCUGUGGGAAAGGGCAGGAGGCCGAGGAGGGCCCGUGCACCCCUUGCCUGAGGAGGAAGCUGAGCCCAGACCCCAAGGCCCACGAGGAGCCACGGUGUCGGUACCGCCAGUCGUAUGUGGCGGCCCUCCAGAACCCGGUCAGCUUCUCCUCAGGCCUGAUGGCCGCGAUCCUGGAGGAGAUCGAUCUCUCCCAGCCCGCCUCUCCCUCUGACAGCGCAGACCUCCAGCCAGAGAGGUCAGACCAGGCCGCUCCCGGGAUCCCCUCUGAGCAUCCAAACAAGGGAGGGAAGGUGGAGGAGGCUUCCAGGCCAGGACACUUGAAACUCCUGAAGCCCCCGGCAGAGUCUCCAGCUGCCAGCCAUAAAUUCUCUUUCUUGAAAGGCCACCGUCAGCUGGUCACCUCAGCGGGCGGCGGCGGCGGCGUGUCCGUGCCAGAGAAAGCCAGCAAGGGGCAGGAAGGGCCUCGGAAGAGGGCGCCUCUGGUUUGCUCCCCCAGGAUGGCCAGGGCCAAGCCGGCAGCAGGGAAAGGGACAAGUCAAGCUGAUGUGCUUCUGGAGCUCCCAAUGCCCAAGAGUAUGGAUGAUGCCACUGUGACCACCACAGAUGUCCCGCUCAAAGCAUGCCUUCCUCCAGGAUCUGGCCCUCAGGAGCUUGUCCUAUGGGAGUCACUCAGUCCUGAACUUCUGUCUUCUGGGGUUGUGUCUCUGCCAGGGAACGUGGACCGCCUCGGCAGACCCAUCCUCCAGAUCAGCACAAGCGGCAGAGCUUGGCAUGCCCCCUGGUGUUCGGCCAGAGAAGUGACACGGCUCCUCCUGUGCCUCUGCUCCAUCCCCAGGAGCUGGUCGAACGACGUGGGGCUGACGGUUGUCAUCGAUGCCAGAAAAGAGCCUCCUCCCGCUGUGCUUGCUGCAGCCCUGAGAUCUACCCAGAAGGCUUCCCCUGGCUGCAUCUGUGCUGUGCUGCUGUUGGCCGAGAAGGAUGCAGCAUCCCAUCUGGAGAAGAUGCCCGGUGUGCAGGUGGAGCUGUUGAGCUCUCUGAAGGCUCUGAGCCGCCAUGUGGACAGCAGCCAGCUGACCCACGCCUUGGAGGGCUCCUUCCCCUACUGUCACAGCGAGUGGGUUCAGUACUUCCAGAAGGUGCACCAUUUUGUCAGCGACCUCAGAGCAGCCUCUGAACUGCUACAGAACACCAUCCAGGAGCUGGAGAAGGGAGGCCUGCCCGAGACCUUGCAGGAAGUUGAGCAGCAAAUGAACAGACACCAGCAGCUGAUGCAAGACGUCCUAUGCAAUGCGCAGCUGGUGGGCUUGCAGAGAGAAGGCGGGGCCACGCUGGCCAGGCUGAGGAGGGAGGCAGCCCGACUCAGCUCCUCCCCUGAUGUCCGGAGCAGCAUUGGUGGUGCCCUGGCACUCUACAACCUGCUGGAGGAGGAAGUUCACACUCUGGUGACCAAAUCCAACAGCCGCCUGGAGCACCUGGAGUUCCUGAUGAAGAUCCGAGAGCUGGAAGCGGAGUUCAGCAAGCUCAGCUCGUGGUUUGAUGACCAAGGAGAAUCGGAGCUCUGGGAGGCGGCAGGGUCUGCAGAGUGCAGCCGGGAGAGCACUGAAGAGUCCUACCGGAGGUUUAAGGAAUUCUUCAAAGAAGCCACGGUGCACUACAACCGUGGUCUCUCUCUGUCGAAGGAAGCUGCCAAGGUCCAAGGGUCCCAGUUCCCCGAGAUGGGGGCUUUCGAGCGAGUCAAGGGAGCUUUCCAGGCCAAGCUGACGGUGUUCUACAUGGACAUGGAGAUGAGAGGGGCAGAGCUGGAGACGCUUCUGGACCUCCACAAGUUCUGUGACGAGGCUGCUCGGUUUCACCUGGACUGCAAGCAGCGCCUGGCCGCCUGGAGGGCUGGCGAGGAGGGGCCCGAGAGCAUGGAGUCCCUGCGAGAAGUGGAGAGUGCUCUGCAGCUGCUGGUGGAGGAGUUUCCGGCCGAGAGGUUCCAGCAGAUGAGGGUCCAGGCGUCCAGCAUGCGCAACAAAACGGGCCUCGCAGUGUGGAGUGAAGCUCUGGAGAGAAGUCAAGAGGCCAAGCAGCUCCUUGAAGACGCCCUGGCCAAGCACAAGGGGGCCCAAGAGGAGGGGGUCGGGGACUGCAAGGGAGUGAAGGGAAGCGGUGGGGCCUACCUUGCUCCGCUGGACACUGCGCUGGAGUUUGGAGACCCUGAGGCUCGGACUCUGGAGGGAGAGGCCCCAGAACGUCUCCGCACCGCAAGCCAGCCCAUUCCUUUGAGGCUUCCUGCCGACAUCUCUUCCUCCCAUGCUCACCAGGUCCCUGGGAGCUGCGAGAACCUGCUCUCCACACAGCAGCCUUGCAUCUCUGUGCCAAUGAGAGGCCAGAGUAGCAGGAGGAAAGAAACAGCCCAGUACUUCCAGCUCUCCAGGCACGGGAGCUUUUCUUCUGAAGACACAGAUUCCCAGAACUCCACUGAAGAUCCUCUGAGCUUCAGUGCCACGCUGCCCAUGGAGUCCCCAGGCCCCAAGCGAGCCUGGAGCCAGGAAAAGGCUCGGGGCAUUGUCUACUUGGAGAAGCACAGCAGCAGCAGCAGCAGUCCCACUGCUGCCACUUCCCAGUAA